AUGGCCACCUCUACGCGCCAGCCCUUCGGCGAGAUCGGCUCGUCACGGCUACAGGUACUCCAGAGCGCGAAGAACAGGCAAAAUGCCAUCUCGCCAAAUUUCACGUCGCCGCAGGGUCUGAAGUCAAUUCCCACGCCAUCGACGGGUAAGCGCCAACGCGCACCCGAGAUCUACGAAGAUGCCGACUCCGAGAACGUGGACCCUUCCGUCUUCAGCAGCCCGUCCAAGAAGUCGAGGACGGCCAACAACAGCAUCGACGCGGGAUACAUCAAGCCCGCCAGCUUCUCCAUCUUCACUUCGCCCGUCAAGCCCAGCAGUGCCAGUCUCAAUGCCACGCCUUCCGUCCCGUCUGUGCGCAAGGCUCUCUCGUCACCCAGCACCGCCAAGUCAACGCCCAUCACCAACAGCCGCGGCUCACCCAAGAACAAGCGUCUCCAUGCCAUUUCCAAGCGUCGCGCAUCCAGCUCGCCCUUCCGACGUGUCGACCCACCCUCCUUCAACCUGAGCAGCCCCAGCCUACCCUUCUCUAUUGACGCAGCCCUCAGCGGCUCAAUCUCCACCUACACACCCAAGGCCCCCACUGUAGCCGCCACUCCCGCCUCAGCACCAGCCGCCCAGUCAGCCCCUAUCCUCGAUGACAACAUGCCCAAGAGCUGGUUUUUCGACAUCCACGAGGACACGCCCGAGCAAGAAGCCGCAAACCUCAUGGAACAUUCGGCAUCCGUCCUAGACAUCUCAUCCGACGACGACGCAGCAACCAAGUUCCGCAAUGAGGACCGCGGCAAGGAGAACGUCCCGCCUCCAGACUUCCUCGCUGCUGCAAAUGCCCGCAAGCGCAACCAUGCUUCUUCCUUGGACGACGGCUAUGAGACUGAUAUCCUGGUCCAAGUACCUGCUAAACAUCCUCGUCGCUCGCGCAAGGUUGUCCAGGAUGCUAUGGAUGAGGAUAGGAAGCCGCUGGGUGAUCUUGCACCGAGCGAGUUCUACGCUGAGGGCUGUGACGCCACAAGUUACGUUACCGUUGACGCGGGAAUUGAGAAGCCGUCAGGGUUGUCCAAGGAGUUUGAUGCUAACAGUGUGACACCAGAGAAGAAGAAGAAGCACGUCGUUGUUGAUGAGGUACCCGCUGCAGUUGAGGAAGAGUCAAUGACACCAUCAGUAUCUGAGGGCAUCGUUGCUGCACCUGCUGCUGUUGACGUACCUGCCGUUGAGGCCGCUACUAAGACCACAUCACAGUCAUGUGAGGUACCUGUUGCAGCGUCAUGA